AUGGUAAUCAAUCCGGAACUUUUUUUUUUUAAUUCUCCAUUGACAUUUGUCUUUUUUUUCUCGGUUUCAUUUAGGGCUAACAACAAGCUGGAUAUUCGAGGUGUACCACAUAUACAAAACUUGGUAGAUGAUUUUGCUACUGGCGUAAAAUUGAUUCAACUUUUGGAAAUUAUUGGUGAUGCUUCUGUAGGACGAUAUAAUAGAAACCCUCGUAUGCGUAUUCAAUUUGUGGAAAAUUGUAAUUUGGCAUUAGAAUUCAUCAAACAACGGGAUAUACCUUUGACCAAUAUUGGUGCUGAAGAUAUUGUUGAUAAGAACUUGAAAUUAAUUUUAGGGAUGCUUUGGACGAUUAUUCUACGAUUUACAAUGGCAGGGAUCAGUGAAGAAGGAAAGACCGCUAACGAAGCACUCUUACUAUGGUGUCAAAGAAAAACAGCACCUUAUCAUGAAGUCGAUGUGAAGGAUUUUACAUACAGCUGGACUGAUGGAUUAGCAUUUUGUGCUUUGAUUCAUCGCCAUCGACCCGAUUUAUUAGAUUUUGACUCUCUAGACAAAAAUGAUCGACAUGGCAACACAGCAUUAGCAUUCAAUGUGGCAGAAAAACAUCUUGGUAUUCCUCAAUUACUCGAUGUAGAAGAUGUAUGUGAUAUUUCCAAACCUGAUGAACGAUCUGUGACGACCUAUGUGGCAGAAUAUUUCCAUGCAUUCUCAGCUCUGGAUAUGGUAGAAACAGCAGGACGACGAGUGGCAAAAUUUGCAGAAGUCAUGGCAUCAGCAUGGCAAAUGCGUCAUGAUUACGAACGACGGGUACUGGCUUUGAUGGAUGCAGUAUUAUUGACUCAACGUGAAUGGCAAUCUACCUUAUUGACGGAUAAGUACGCAGCAACGAAGCAAAAGGGACUGGAAUUUAAUCAUUACAAGAAUACUCAGAAACGGGAAUGGGUAGCUGAAAAACGGGAAAUCGACUCAUUACUUGGGAAUAUUCAGACAAAGCUCAAGACUUAUAAUCUCAAACCAUAUUAUCCUCCUGAUGGCCUGACUCUAUUCGAUUUGGACAAUAUAUGGAAAGAACUUCUACAAAAUGAAGCCAUUUAUCACCGAAGCAUCAAUAGUAAAAUUAGAGAGAUCAAGGAAAACCUACGAAAAGCAUAUGCGCAAGCGGCCAAUGAUUUUCAGCAACAAUUGGACAGUAUUUCUUCAGCACAAUCUUUGCUAGAUGGAGAUCUUAAUCAACAACUACAACGUCUGCGUGAUCUACAAAAUAGGACUCAACUCCUUGAAAGCAAGUUACAAAAUGUACAAAUCCUGAAUCAAGCUUGCGUGGAUGCCAAUACGGAAGAAAAUGAUUAUACAGUAUAUUCUGUGGAAGAUUUGACUUUUGGACUAGAUUUGCUACAACAAGCCAUACAAAAGAAAAAUGCAUUUAUCCAGAAUCAGAUCGUAUCUCGCAAUAUGACAAACUUGACACCAGCACAACUGGAAGAAUUUGAACAGGCAUUCCGACAUUUUGACAAGGACAACAGCAAUACAUUAUCAGCAACGGAAUUCAAUGCAGCAUUGGCAAGUCUUGGCAUCUUUUAUGAUGAUGAUGCAUUUGAUCAAGUCUUUAGUCGUGUGGCUGAUCGACAAGAACAAGCUUCCUUUGAACAAUUCAUUCGUUUUAUGGUGUCAGUAACCGAAGAUAAAUCCACUCCUGAACAACUACGCGACGCCUUCCGAACAAUAGCAGGGGAUAAACCUUAUGUGACUGAAUUAGAUCUUAAGAUGUGCUUGGUACCUGAAGAAAGUAUCGAACUUUUAAAACAUGAUAUGCCUCAUACUUCCUCUUAUGGUCAAGUUAAUAAUGGUGGUGAUGCUCUGGAAUAUGAUCAAUACAUUGAUCAAAUGUUUAGAUAG